GAAUUCUUAGCGAAUGUUCAAUUAGAUUCAAUUUAAAUUUUUAUAUUGACAGCAUUUAACUAUUUCUAAUUUCACCCACAGGUAUCUCCAUGCCCGUGCCUGUGUUUGGACUACAAGAUGACAGCAAAGUCUUCAGCCAAGAAAACUGUUCUUUGGCAGAUGAGAAUUUUAUCAUUGUUGGUUCCUUUAUUGCAUUUUUUAUACCUUUGCUCAUAAUGCUGGUCACAUAUUUUUUAACUAUAAGAUCUCUGCAGAAAGAAGCUACUUUGUGUUUUAACAACCUGGGGGCAAAAAGCAAACUUGCUUUAUUCAGUUUCCUUCCUCAAAGCUCUAUUUCUUCAGAGAAACUAUUUCAGCGCUCUUUGCAAAAGGAACUGGCUCCAUAUGGAAGAAGGACUAUGCAGUCCAUUAGUAAUGAGCAGAAAGCAUCAAAGGUCCUGGGUAUUGUAUUUUUUCUUUUCGUGGUGAUGUGGUGCCCGUUUUUCAUCACAAAUGUGAUGGCCGUGUUUUGCAAAGAGUCUUGCAAUGAGCAUAUCAUUACAGAACUACUGAAGGUAUUUGUUUGGAUUGGCUACCUGUCUUCGGCAGUAAACCCACUGGUGUACACACUCUUUAAUCAGACUUACCGGUCUGCAUUCUCCCGUUACAUUCAGUGUCGAUACAGGGAAGAAAAGAAGCCUUUACAAUUAAUCUUAGUAAAUACUAUUCCUGCAUUGGCUUACAACUCGGGCCAACUUCAGCUUGCCCAAAUGAAGAAUUUAAAGAAAGAACAAAAAAAGAAAACAAACGACUAUUCUUUGGUUACUAUUGGAUUGCAUCCAUUAGAUAAAGUGACAAAGACCGGGGUGGGAUCACUAAAUGAGAACGUGAGUUGUUUGUAAUGUGACAACAUUGGAAGCUCACAAAUACACAGGGCUUGAUUUCUCAUUUGACAAUAUGGGCUUAAAGCUAAAUCAGGACUGGAAUUCAGAAAUCAUUAAAUGAGAAAAUAGAAAUAUAUUUCGGGGAAUAUUUACCAGUCUCUGGAGUUGCAUGUUAACAGGAGAACUAAAAUCUGUGGUUUUGCUUUUAGGGAACUAAAAUUGGGUUCAAAUGACAAGUCAAGAGCACCACACUUUUAUCAUACAGUUAGGAUCAUGAGCUGUGCAAAUCCACAAUAGCCAUACAUCUCAACAUUGGGAGGUAUGAGAUCAGGACAGCUGGGUGGAAAAAAAGGCAGGCCUGCACAUUGAUCAAGCAUAUCAACCUGGUAUGAAGCACGCUAAGCUAAUUGACAGCCCACUUGGCCAGCCCCCAACAUACAGGACCAUGCACACAGUGCUGCUGAAGCACUCUCUGCACAGUCCUAGUCCCUUUUCACAAUGCAAGGGCGUCCAAUGAUGCACCAGCACUGUGCUGCCCAUGGACAAAAUUGGGAUGGAAGGACAGGAUCUCGAAAAUCGGGACUGUCCCACCAUAAUAGGGACUAUUGGGAAUCCUACAAUACUUAGAGCAGAAAUGCAUACAAUUCCUGGUGCAUGACAACAUAUUACGAUGGUGGGUGUGCAUGCAUCUUACUAAACUACCAAGCUUGUAAUUUGCUUACACACUCAAAAAUCUUUAAAAGUUUACUCCAACCUAUUGCUAACUAGGUCCCUCCACAAAAUGCAUGAUUACAUGGUAAAACUUACCUACAAUCCAGUCCCGGGUGAUGCUCUCGGCACUUCUCUCCAGGCCACAGGCUCCCUCACACAGUCUAAUGAAAUGCUUCUCAUGAAGAAGCAUUUCAUAGGACCAUUCUCACUGGCUCGGAGUGCAUGCGCAUGCUCAGAGCCGGUGAGGGGUGGGAGGAGACACGCAUGGCUGGACUGCUAUUAAAUUUUUAUUUUUUUAAACUGAUCUAUCCAACAGAGGGAGGCGGGGAGGGACUGCAAGUAGAGAGGAAGGGAGGGUGGCCAGAGCUAAAAACAGAUGUUAAAUAAACACAUAAUUAGGCAGCCCGGAACAGAGAUGUGGGCUGCCACGUUGUGUGCUAGGGUUGCAAACAGCAACUGUCACACAAGUGCCAAUAACCCAGUAUGUGCACUGUUUCAAGAAAAAACACUGCACAAAAAGCAGAAGUGAUCAUGGUGGUUGGAGUAACCCUUUAAAGGCUACAUUUCACUAAAAUUCUAGCCUAAUGACCCUGCUUGUCUUAUGAGAAAUUUACCCCUGUGUGAACACGAAUGGAAGAACAUUAGAGGAGAUGUUAGAGCAUUUCUACCCAAUAAACAUGUAUAAAAAAGGACAUUUGGAAUACCAUAUCAUUUUAAUUUAUUCAAGGAAACCAGGGUGUGCGUUUUUAAAAUGUGAAAACAAACAUGUACACUAUUUAUAUUUAUUUUUUAAAAUAAGGAGUAAAAGUGACUGAUGAAUCAAACAGAAUUUAAGAUCCAUUUGUCUGGAUAAAAAAUGCAUUAACUUUCUUACCUCAAAUAACUGCCUACUUGUAUGGGAACCAAUAAAUGGGACAUGAAAGGGGCUGUGCGUUAAACGGGGGCAAACUGGAGCAUUAGUGCUAACUUUUGUAAAGGAGACGGUAUUGCGAUGCCUAAAAGUGUUACUGGGUAUUGAACUGAUAUUUAAAUUGUAAAAUGUAGGACAAAAUAGCUCAACUAGAAUAUUCUAUCAAUUUGAGAUUUUAUGUGGCCAUUUUGGACAAAAUGUUGUGCUGCAACCGUCAACUCAUCACAUUUCCUUUUCAAUAAAAUUAUUUAAUAAUUAUUAGACAGACAAAUUUAAAUAUAUUGCUUAUUCAAUAUUAUAUGUUAUGGCAUAUCUGCCAUAAAAUAUAUGUUUCUCUAUCCUACUGUGAAUGAAAGGCUAACCCUAUUUCUAAUUAUGCAUUGCAAAGUAUAAAGUUGCAUUAGAAAUGCUUAGCGCGUAUCUUUUAGUGUACUUUAUGUUUGGGCACCUUUUCUAAGAAUGCUUUAAAUCCGUGGUUCCCAACCACAUCCUCAAGAUAUAUGAUGGCCCAUGUUUAGACAAAAUCCCCAAGUAAGGAACCAGGGUAACAAAGAGUGGCAGAAAGUCAGGGUAAUGUACCAAAACAAUUAUUUUUUUAUUUUUUUUAUUUUUUAAAUUGACAAUUUUAAGAUUAUGGCUAAAACCACCACACUGUGACUAAAACAGAGUUGGAGAAUUUUUCAAAAUCAGCAGUUUUUGCCUAAAUUAUACCAUUUGGAGUUUAGUAAAUAACUAAAGAUAAUACCCUAAAUGUAGUAUGAAUACAUACACGUAUGAAACAAACAAACAAAAAAAAAAAACAUUUGCUAGGUACCUUUAAACAUUCCAAAUGGGGGAUAACCCCUGAUUUUAACUAAAACCAAAGCACUAGAAAAUACUGGAGUGUUCAGCGUAGGGAUAAUGAGAACUCACUGAUACUUUUCUUCAUCAUAAAAAAAAGAGUACUAAUUAAUGGAGCACUAUAGGGUCAGGAACACAAACAUGUAUUCCUCACCCUAUAGUGUUAAAACCAUUAUCUAGUCCCCUUGGCCUCCCUAAAGAUAGUAAAAUCUUACUUGUAUUCAAGUCUGAAGCUGAAUCCUCUGCCUGUGAACUUCCUCAGACAUCUGACAUCAUCAGAAGUGGUGGCCUGAUCCAAUCACAAUGCUUCCCCAUAGGAUUGGCUGAGACUGACAAAGAGGCAGAUCAGGGGCAGAGCCAGCACAAUUCAAACACAGCCCUGACCAAUCAGCAUCUCCUCAUAGAGAUGAACUGAAUCAAUGAAUCUCUAUGAGGAAAGUUCAUUGUCUGCAUGCAGAGAGAGGAGACAAUGAAUGUGUGGAUGCAUUUUAGGCAGCCAUGACCCAGGAAGGAUCUCUAACAGCUAUCUGAGGAGUGGCCAGUGAAGUUAUCACUAGGCUGUAAUGUAAACACUGCAUUUUCUCUGAAAAGACAGACAGUGUUUACAACAAAAAGCCUGAAGGUAAUGAUUCUACUCACCAGAACAAAUUCAAUAAGCUGUAGUUUUUCUGGUGACUAUAAUGUCCCUUUGAGCCAAAAAAGUGGAAACAAAAAAUAUAAUUACUAAGUCACUA